GGCAAGGUAAUGAGAGCUAAAUACUCAGGUGACUACUUUCCUACUGAAUCUGCAUGGUGGCGGGAUGUUCAUGAGGCGUGCCAAUCUGAUGGGGAAAAUUGGUUUGACGCAGGUUCAAACAAAUUGGUUCGAAUGGGCAAUAGCACAUCUUUUUGGCAUGAGGAUUGGACAGGUUCUGGUAGCUUUCGUAGUAAAUUUUUUCGCUUGUACCACCUCUCAAAGCUGAAAUGGUCUACUGUAAAUGAGUGUGGGAAUUGGGUUAAUGGAGCUUGGCAGUGGAAUCUUAAAUGGAGACGACCGCUGUUGGGCCGUGAGCAACUUUGGGCAGAGUGUCUGAUGAGUGAUCUUGCGGGUAUUCGACUGGUGGAAGACUCCUUUGAUCGUUGGUCUUGGCUAGUCAGUGGUGAUGGUAUUUACUCAGUGCAUUCUGCAUAUUUGUUUCUGCAGGGUUCAAAUUCCUUGGCACCGGAUCAAGUAUUUUCUGCAGUAUGGAAGUCAUUGGCUCCCUCCAAAGUUAAGGCCUUUGCUUGGAGAAUUUUGUUGGAUCGUAUCGCAAGCAAGGAAAACUUACUCAAGCGCAGGGUUCUGGUUGUUCACGAUCAAGCAACUUGUAGUUUUUGCUCAGCUCACUUGGAAUCCUGUUGGCAUUUGCUAUUUUCAUGUCCUGUUUCAAAUCAUCUCUGGCAGCUUGGCGCUAAUUGGCUUGGCAUGGAUUUAAUUUCGGCUUCUUCUCCAAGGGAGCACUUCACUCAAUUUAAAGUUGGUAGGAACAGCACCCAAAGACGAGCUUCCCUGUCAGUUUGGCUUGCCACAGUGUGGACACUUUGGCUUGGAAGGAACUCAAUUGUUUUUAGAAGUACUCAGUUCAACCAUGAAGAGGCUCUUGAUCUUGUUAAAAGGCAUUCUUGGUCGUGGAUUAAGGCAAAUAUAAAGGGGUUUUGUUAUUCUCUUUAUGAUUGGUAUGCCAAUCCUCUCUCUUGCAUCCAAAGCCUUUGAUCUGUGGGUGUACUUGUUACUGCUGCAUGGCUGGAAUUGUUCUCAGUGGGUUGGUCUGUUAUUUUACCUGGUUGGGAAUUGUCAAUUUUUGUACUGUUGGGGCCUAGGAUCCGUUUUUAGUUGCUUUUCUUCCAUGGUGUUUGGCUCUCUACUCUUUGUACUCUUUUCCCUCUUUU